AUGCGGGGGCCAAGCUACUCAUAUGAGGAACUGCAGGCCUUGAGAGAGUCUCCACUAGUCAAGAAGCCCGAUGGCCUGCCUUCUAUCUCGCAAUGGAUGGACGUGCCCGCCGAGCAAAACACCAACAAUGGCCACGCCAACAACAAUGGCACUUUGCGUCGUGCCCGGGGUGCGCGAGACGCUGAAGGAACGACGGCAACCGAGCAGCGACCGCUGAUCAACCCCAUGGGCCAAUUUGGACGGCGUCAGAGCAUGCGUAAGUUGUCUGAAGCUCAGGGCAUCAAGGCCGCUAUUAACGCGCUUUUUGUAGAACCUGGCGAGGAGACUGUGCUCGGUCCGCCAAAGCUAGCCUUUCUCUCAGCGCGUACCCCGGCCAAAGCAACAGGCGACGCAAAGGAGCGCACCGGGUUUACCUCUACAGACGGAGACAGUGUUGGAGACCGCUUCCCCAAGAACGAUCGAUGGACCCGGGACCCGCAGCCUGACCGAAACCGAGACAAGGGCUACGCCAAUGGCCGCCGUGUCCCCCGCGAGGACGGCGAGGGCUGGACAAACGUCAAGGGUCGCAAGAGCUUGGGUCAAGAGGACUUUGAGCGCUUUGGUCGUAAUGGUGAUCGCAACCGCGACAAACACGAGGGCGAUGCAGAGGCAGAUGCACCCCCGCGCCGUAACAACCGGGAGCGAAACGAGCCGCGCUGGGGCCGACGUGACGAGGCCAAAGAAGAGGCACCCAAGACGAGUGUUCAGAGUAGCUGGCGUGAGCGUGACCGCGAGCGGGAGCGCGACAAUGGCCGCGAAUGGACCCGGGGCGGAACCCGUGGUGAGGAAGACCCGGAGUGGAUGGAUGCCAAGGUGGAAAAGAAGGAGAUCAAGCCUCGCACACAGGAAGACUUUCAGCGCUGGAAAGAGCAGAUGAGGGCCAAGGAUGCACCGACUGGCGAGAACAAUGAGCAGAGGGACAGUAUCGGUGACAUGCCCACCGCCGUCGCCGCUGCGCCCAUGUUGACCGCACCGCUGCAUACCCCUAUUGGCGCCGAACCAACACAGGGCAUCUUGUUUGGAAAUUGGGGCAGAGACAAGGCGGCUGAGCUCCCACCGACAGAGACCAUUUCGGCAAAACCAAAGCCAGACAAGAAGUCCAGGUUCAUGACCAUGUUCGCGAAACCAGACGAGUCACCCGCGCAGGGCCAACACCAGAUGCCCGUACCUUCGUCGCCCGCACCUGUCAUGGAAGCCAAUGCCGACAAGGAGGGCUUUCAACGUAUCCUUCAAAUGCUCGGUCAAGUCAGCGUAGCCGGUUCUCCAGCCCCUCCACCUCAAACAACUAUGCCUCCUCCCAUGAACGGCAUGAGGCAUGGCGGUGGCAUUGCAUUAGACUACCACCAUGACUCCCCGCCGCCAGAGCUACAGCAUGGUAGACCACCACCACGAACUCUAGAGCAGCAGAGCAUGUUGGACAAUAUUCUCGGUCCACGUCCUGGUGCACCCGAGUCUCGCCCUUCUCAGCAAUCGCGCUUCGCUGCUAGUAUGUCACCCGAGAAUGCAAUGCCAGAGCAAUUCAGGAUUCCGCGACCCGACUCCAGUCAUCCAGAAGACAACUUCCCUCACCAGCCCCCGCCGCGCACCACACAAGCACAGGAUGCCAAUCUCGCAGCUCUCCUCAACAGUCGCGCACAGGAAUCCCAGCGUGACCAAGCCACCAAGCAGCGCGAACGUGACUUCCUAUUGAACCUGAUGCAACAACCAUCUCGCUCUACGCCUCCUCAGGCACAGAUCCCCAAUCUGCCUCGCCAGUCACAGGAAAACCACAACAUGGCCUUCUUCGAACAACAGAGGCAGCCACCUCAACAACACGCUCAGCAACAGCCCAAGAACCGCGGCGCUAUUCCCCCAGGCUUCAUGGAAGACCCGAGGAUGUAUACUGAGUCCGAAAUGCUACGACGAGAGGCCGUCGAACGCCGCGAGCAAGAGAUUCGACAGCUUCAAAUGAUGCAGCAGCAAGAGACUAUGCGCGCAAAGAAUAACCCUCGCCUGCCAAUGGGAUAUCCUAACCCCGAGGAUCCAAUGAUGGGUCUUCAGCGCCGCAACACUGGAGGUGAUCCUCGCAUGCCUACGAACAUGGGUAUUCCCUCACAACCAGUCCCCGAUAUGCAUUACAUGGAUAGGCGAGGUCAGCCAGGCAUGCCACCAACACCCCAAGAGCGACCCAACAUUGCUCCCCCUCCAGGAUUCGGUGGUCCCAUGCGCCAACCACCCGGUCUUGGUGGCCCCAACCCGCAACAAAUGGGACCUGGAGGACCGAGUUUCUCAGGUGGUAACACACCAUUGGGCCAGCCUCCUGGUUUCCCGCCUGGUAACAUACGCGGUCUGGGUUUCCCUGGAGGACCUGGUGGCAAUGGCAUGCAGGGUCCGCCAGGCUACUUCCCACCCCCUGGCUACGGUGGUCCUCCCAUGCCUGGCAUGCGAGGUGUCGAAGACCCUAGGAUGAUGUUCGAAGGCCAAUUUGGCGGACCUCCUCGCCAGCCAGGUCGUCCCGGCCCACCCAACAUACCCCACACCAUGAUCAACUUUUUCCCACCUUGA